AUGUCCCAGUCCCGUGAGUUGGACGAGGAUACCGACAUGGCCAUUUCAUAUGCAAGCCGGUCCCCGGCUGGUCAUUCUCAGCAACUUCCAUCAUUCCGCGAGAUUCUCCCGCCUCACCUACACGACGACAUCGAUUCAUCCACAUACUAUAACUCGCGGCCCCAAUCACAGGAGCGCCCCGGAUCUGGCCAUGAUAUGGCCGAUCCUCGCUCUAUGCCGGGUUAUCCCACCAACCGGUCACCUAAAGCCACCUACGAACACCACCACGAAUACACCACUCGCACCGGCGAACACCCACCCCGGCCGAUGGGGGACCAUUUCUCCAUGCGGCUCGCUGAAAGCGCCGCACGAGGACCUAGUCCUAUUCUUCCCCCAAUUCGAGAUUUGGGAUCCAUGCCAGACCGAAAGGCCUACCCAGACAGCAGGAUGGCGCCACGCUCCGAUCCUUAUGCACACGAAUACCGUGCCGGCCAGCCUGCUCCCAUGCCUGCACAGAUGAUAGACCGAAGGACCGAACAGUACGCGCCUAUGAUGCAUGGCCAGUCGGCGUACGGGCACCCCAUGGGAUACCCAGAACAAGAGCAAAUGGCUCAACCAAUGAUGGCACAUCCUCAGCAAGCCAAUUUUGGAAUCAUGGGAGACGCGAUUGACCCCAAGAGUAAACGUCGGCGGGGCAAUUUGCCCAAGCCCGUUACUGAUAUAUUGCGCGCUUGGUUUCAUGAGCAUUUGGAUCAUCCUUACCCCAGCGAGGAAGAUAAGCAGAUGUUCAUGACCCGCACUGGUCUUUCGAUCAGUCAGAUCAGUAAUUGGUUCAUCAAUGCUCGGCGUCGACAACUUCCUGCUCUGCGCAAUCAGAUGCGUGGAGGUGACGACUCGCGGCACUCGCCUUUCAGCGACGUCGAAGGCGUCUAA